UAUUCUCCGGGCAUCGAGCAUAUCCCGUUGUCGUUGGUGUUUCACGCCGUGCACCACUCGAAAUCAUUUGGUCUCUCUCUUCCUCUCCCUCUUUCGCUCGCUUUUUGAAGGGCUUCAAAAAGCCCAUGAUCAAGCAAGCCUCCCCCCUCCCUCCCUGCCCCGCUCCCCUACUGCUACGGAGUUUACUCAUCCCUCCUCCGGGCUGCAGAAGAGAAUAGAACAGAGGAGAACGGAACAGGGAAUAGAGCAACGUGUCGUGCUAGCCGGUAGAACAAGUCUCGCAGAACAUGUCGCGCUGUCUUGUAUACCAGUAUCCGAUUUAUUUCAGAUAAUUCGUAAAUACAACGAUUGUUUAAAGUAUUUUAAAUAGUUUGCAGAGAUUGUGAAGGUUUGGGAGCUGGUGAAUUUGGCCAUUUUGAGAGUGCUUUUUUUUUUUUGUUUAGACGGUGAUUUUGGGUUAUCGAGGGCCUGGAGAUAAUUCCAAGUGACUAGUGAUUAGUGAUAAUUGUUGUUGAUUAAUUUGUGCGAUAUGAUCAAUUGGUGAUGAAUAAUACGGAUGAAAACAUGAACGAUGAUAGUGGGUUUAUGGGGGGACUGGGGCACAAAUUGUGGGCCCAAGAGUGACAGAAGUUUUUUUGGACAUUUUGGUGUGGGGUAUUAACUGAUUACGAUUGUGAUUUUUUUUUUUUUGGAUUAUUUGGGGGAAGUGGAUGUUCUCAGGCGGAUGCAAGAGCAUCCUGUCUGCAUGAUUGUGGCACCAAUGGGUUGCCUGGUGGGACAACAAUCCACCGGAUACUGAAUGCACUCGUUCAGUGGAUUUUUGGAAAAGUCCUGUUGAGUUUUAUUGUGCCAGAGUCAAGAUGAUGUAUUCACCUGAUAAGAUGAUGGGGAGCAAGGGGCUCCAUGGGGCGCCUAUAUCGGCACCUGGGUGCUUUCCAUCUGGAAGAUAUUCACCGCCAUCGUAUCGCGCUGCGCCGGACCAAAUGCCACCACCGCCACCGCCGAGGAGGUGCAUGCCAAAUCCACCGAGCCGGAUACUGGAAGAUGCCUCGAUCAUGUGUAAUUCCUGGUCACCACGGCAUAAUGGUGAUAUUUUUGGAGGUCUCAACAGUGGUCUUCAGGACGGUUUGUUGUCAAGGGCGGAGGCACUAGCUGCCGAUUUAGGAAAACACAAUGCUGGCACGCCAAUGCCACUUAAGCAUGAUCCGGUAUCGGUUUAUCAUCAUGGCGCACAUAUGGGAAGUCCGCACCCCAACAAUCGGCCUCAUCACCAGGUACAAUCACACCUAUUUUCCCUCGCUCGUUGCUUGCAGAUGAGUCAUCCGGGUAUGGAGAGCCUGGACAUGCUGGAUCCAGCGAAUUCGAUGACAACUCUAACACCAAUGUCGGAAGGUGGUGGCGGUGGAGGAGGUAAUCACCACGGAGGCAUUCAUGGGCCCUCCGUCUACGGCGGUAUGAAUGGAAUGAUGAGCCAUCAUCAUCACGCCAACAUAGCCGGUAGCGUACCCCAUCCGCACCAUCAUCCUGCAAUGGCAGCAGCGGCGGCGGCAGCAGCAGCCGCCGGUCUCCAUCCUGAUGCCGACACAGAUCCACGUGAGCUCGAGGCAUUCGCCGAAAGAUUCAAGCAGAGGCGCAUUAAAUUAGGGGUCACCCAAGCCGACGUUGGCAAAGCCCUGGCUAACCUAAAAUUACCUGGAGUAGGUGCCCUAUCCCAAUCAACGAUAUGUCGCUUCGAAUCCCUGACAUUAUCGCACAACAACAUGAUCGCCCUCAAGCCAAUUUUGCAGGCAUGGCUGGAGGAAGCCGAGGCCCAAGCGAAGAACAAGAGACGCGAUCCGGACGCACCCUCGGUACUUCCAGCCGGUGAGAAAAAACGAAAACGUACGAGCAUCGCGGCACCUGAGAAACGCUCCCUGGAAGCAUUUUUCGCGGUACAGCCGCGACCGUCGGGUGAAAAAAUUGCAGCAAUAGCGGAGAAACUUGAUUUAAAAAAGAACGUGGUGAGGGUCUGGUUUUGCAAUCAGCGACAAAAGCAGAAGCGUAUGAAAUUCGCAGCUCAACAUUGACCCGAGGGUGGCUUGUGACAGCAGAAUUGACUGUAUCCGCCGCCACAGCCGCCAUCAUCAAAUCUCGAGCCAAAGCCUGAACCGCUCAGUGAGUACUCCGGUUGGCCCUGAACACACUAUUCCCAAAAAUGUGUUUCUUCAUCAUGAUUACAACGCGAUGUGGUGCGUAUGAAACUGUUGUCAUGAGCUCCCAACGGCGUAAACCAAUUUGCCAGGGCUCACACAAACAUGAAACUAAUAAAAAUGAACGAGAACGUUGAGUGUAAAGUUGCUGAACUGUCCACCGAGUGAGCAGUAAAAAAAAUAAUAAUAAAAGAGUGAUUAUUUUAAAAGUUGUGGUGAAAACAAAACGGCGGAACAAAAAAAAAAUGACCGACAAGUUUACGAGUCGGUGUUCUUCGUACAGUGGUGAAAAUACACGCAUACGUUCGUGGUAGUUUGUGAUCGAUUGGACAUAACCCACUUGGAUAGUCUAUAGAACGAGUGGGAAAAACUCUUUGAAACCGGAAGUCACGGAGGGACAAUAUUUCCAAGUCCAAACGGAGGAAAAAGAGAAAUGGGUAGACGCAGUGUCACUGGUCUCCCUCCCUCCCAGCCAUACCGUGUACUCCAGUACGAUUUCCCACGCUUUGUGUCUCUCUUACUGGGUAGUUUAUACCAUUUAAAAGCAGACGAACGUAUAUAACACAAAAAAUAUAGGCAUAUGCGCACACGUGUAUAUAUUACACAAGUAUAGAAUAUACAAGAAAUAAAGAAGAAAAGGGAAAUACACAUAGAACUAGUCACAUUCGCUUGGAAAAAGUACAAUUUCAGGGGUUAGAGAAGAUUAUGGUGUUUUAAAAUGAAAAUGGAAUGACGGAGGAAAAUAACAAAAUUAAUGAAAAGAGAUAACAAAAAUUAAUGAUAAUAUUAAACUCAUUAUGUAUUUGUUAUUAGAGUCAAUGCGUGAAUAACGAUUCACGCGGAAAGUGAUAUUAAUACUAAUGAAUGAGAUUGAUUAAUUAGUGAUGAUUUAAUGAGGAUAAUUCGUAUUUCGUGAGGACCAGGGAUUUGGUGAAAUUGGUGGUGUCAAGGUUGCAAUGCAGAGCCAAGUGUUGAGUAGUGAUAUUGGACAAUCAGUGAGAAGACUGUAUUAUAUCAUAUCGAAAUGAUUCCUUUAGAGAUUAGUCACACACCCAUAACUUAUCAUCAUCGCGGAUUAAUCUGUGGGAGACAGAAAUUACAGAGUUGGAUUUAUUUGACUAAUUUGAUCGGAAUAUGCCUCAUCUCGUUCCUUACGUUCGCUCUGAUUGUCUUCAAUUAAAGGCGAGAGAUUCUUGUGUGGGUGAAUUUUAUGAAUAAACAAAAAAAAAAUGCAAAUACGCGAAUCGUGCGCAUUCAGCAAUAACAAGUGACAUAACAUAGCAUCAAUAAAGUUAAUAGUGAGGGGCAGGAUUUAUUUGUAAGCUGUACAAACGUAGUGUAAGUCAUUUUUUUAGAGGGACGACAAGUCAUGUCCCAGUGAGAUGAUAAAUCAUUUAUUUCUUGAUCUCCUAGUUCAGAGUAUGAAUGGAUGAUUUUUAGUGCAAUAUAGUGUAAUUUAAUAGUAGGACAAUUCGAUUGUUUUAUUUCUGUCAUUUUCUUUCGCAAAUAUGAGAAAUAGGAGGAAAAGUUACAAUUUCAUUGGCGUUUCCAUUUGAUAUAUUUUUUUCGUACCAUUUCCAUGUCCACAGGAAGAGUAGAACUGAAAAUAUAUUUUAAAUGGUACCACCAAAGGAGUUGUAAUGAUGCCAAUGGGAAAGAAAAUUUUUAAUCUUUUUCAAUGCGACGAUCCAAUAACUCAGAGUUAUGAUUGUUAUUUUUUCAUUAUUUAACGUUCUGUGAUUUAAUUUCUAGUCUUUUUUGUUACGAUUAUCGAAGGGCGAUUCGAGUUGAUUAGUGAAAUUUUUGUUCAGUCGACCUACCACAUGACCGGAGGAUUAUUCUCAAUGAUGACAGGUAUUCUGUAGGUAUCAAACACAGGGUAACAAGUCAUAUCGCAAUAUGCUUUUAAGGGUAAUUCUUACUACGUGAAUAAGUAUAUAUGUAUAUUGUAUAUAUAUGUAUACUUAUGGAGAGAAAGAGUAAUGGAGCAUGCAAUGCAGUUUUUGUUUUACUAACAUGCAUCAUGAACCUGAAAAUAUUUGAUAUUAAUUGAGUAAUUAUUUGAUGAAUUAACGUCAUUGUUUCGUUCGACUCUACUCGAAUUCCAAUGAAUUUAAAUUCUAAACGAGAACAUUUGGUUAAGUACAUGAUGCACCUCAUGAAGUACAUGAUAUUCCCAUUGUUUUUGUAACAUAAUUAGAUAAAUCGAACACUCCAUCGAACAAGUAAUUCCAAAUAAUUUUGAAGAAUGUAAAAUUGAAUUGAAAUUAUGUACGCGCGUAAACCACAAUUUUUUUGUAUAAAAAUUAAGAGGGAAUAAACCGUGUUAAGGAGUACUAUACAUAAACUAUAGCUACCUUUAAUUUAAAUGUUUAUACAAUUUUAAUGAAGUACGGAAAAUUCACAUAACAUGAAACACUGAAAAAAAAAACCAAAGCCAAAAGAAUUGUUGAAGACUGAAAAUUCCCUCGCAAAUAAUUUCAUUUAAUUGUCUCAUUAAUUUAACCAAUAUCUGCAAGAGAAUUUUCAGUCACUGAACGACGUAUAAGAUUGUAACGAAGACAUAUCAUAAAGAAAAAUGAGAAAAAAAAAAUAUUAGUAAAAUUGCCUGACAAUGUAGAAAUUAAUGUGCGAAUACGUUGCGUGCAAAUUUUUAUAGACGUGGAGAUUGGGCUAAAGAAAGUAUCGAAAAAAAAAUGUUUUUUUCUAUUGAUAAAUAAAAAAAAAAUAUUGCUCGAAUCUGUACAUAUUUGGCUGAUUGUAAAUGUACUUAUUGUAAAUUGUUCUUGUAAAAAACAAAAAAAAAACCUUAAUUUGCCAGCGAUCAAUCGCGAGAUAUUGUCUAGUGAAAAAUUCAAUUGGGCUUGAAAUAUUUAUAUCGAUAUGUUACCGGGUGUCUGUCAUUCUCGACAACAGACAUGAUAGACACCCGUAUUUGUAUAUUUCUCCUCAAUCGUUCGGAAGCCGUCGUAACAGUUGUACGUGAGCACAUAUGUAUUGUUGGAACGUCAACGAAAAACAAUCCACAAUAAAUGAAAGACCUGACAGCAAAUUCUGUGAAGAAAUAAAAAAAUCUCAAAAUUGCACGCAAUGUAACCCGGGGGGGAAGAUGAAUGAAAAACGCAAAGAUGAUUUUGUCUAAAAUCGAGUGAAUGCUUCUCCCCCUCUAACUGUAUAUAUCAUGUGCCAUAACUCAUUUUACCAUUAAAGAAAGAAAAAACUUCGUGUCCAACUUUGUUCCAAAUACCUACUCAACUAUAAAUAAUAUAUAGUAUAAUAAAAUGAAUCUCGAUGUUAUUGAUAAAA